AUCCGAUACAGACAGUCCUGAAAGCAGCAGAACGAUGUUGGUAGCGCUAGCUGCUCAGAGCCAUGAUAAACAAACUUAAUCUUGAACGAAGCACAACAUCUUGUGCGAUUUUAUAGAGGAAUCAUUUUUGUGUUAAGUAAUUGACGUGUGUGUUAAGACAUACGGUGUCGAUAAGUGCCAUAUACGAGGAGAAGAAGUUUUGAUAAAGUAAUCGAGAUGGGUAGCACGGACAAAGCUGUGAUCACGGGAUUUAUAUGCAGACUUUGCAGUAAGAUGAACCGUUUUGUGAUCCACAUAUACGGCGAGGAGGGUGAAAGAAUGAAGCUUGCUGAAAAAAUAAAUGCUUACCUACCUAUCACGGUAAACAUGAAUGAUCCAUUACCUAAAACGGCAUGUCUACAUUGUAUCGAACGGCUAGAAGCUCAUCACGAAUUAAUGGAACAAUUUUUGGUAGCUAAGCGAAGAUUAACCACUCAGAAUAAAUCGUCAACAGUUGCAUCGACAUCAACGCAGACCGUUGAUACAGCACCUGCAUCUAGCCCACCUCCAUGUUGACACAUAGAAUUAAAAGCAGAUUACCUUGCUCAAUA